AUGGGAUUGGGCGUCAAACACUUGAAAGCCUGCCAUUCCUCCUUAUACAGAUUCACAGGGGACUUGAUACAACCUUUAGGAGUGAUCGAAUUGGCCCUCACCAUGGGAGAACAACCCAGACAAACUACUAUCAUGGCAAACUUCAUUGUGGUAGAUUGUGCUUUGGCUUAUGCGGUAUUGGGGAGACCAUCCCUGAGAGAAUUAAAAGCAAUAACUUCAAUAUAUCACCUAGCUGUCAAAUUUCCAACUCCUAAGGGAAUUGCAAGUAUGAAGAGGGAACAAAAAGAAGCGAGGGAGUGUUAUAACACCUCUCUCCGCACGUUUGUAAAGCCCUGGGAAUCAAUGGCAAUGGUAAUGCAUGGAGGCAAAAACCCGCAGGAACUAGACCCCCGAGUCAUAGAGGAGCUAGGGGCCGAACCUGUGGAGGACUUAGAAGAAAUCGUUGUAAUGGAAGAACCAUUGCAGAAGUUGAAGGUGGGAAAAAGCCUUCAAGAUGACACAAAGGAGAAAUUGGUGAGGUUCUUGAAGGAUAAUCUCAAUGUAUUCGCUUGGAUCCAUGAAGACAUGGCGGGGAUAGAUCCUUCCAUCAUGUGCCACCAUUUAAAUAUCAACCUCGAGGCAAGGCCAGUUAGGCAAAAGAGACGAGCGCAAGACCCAGAAAGGUAUGAAGCCUUGAAGGAGGAGGUCGAGAAAUUGAAGGCAAAUGGAUUCAUCUGUGAAGCGUUCUACCCUGUGUGGGUGUCAAACCCCGUACUAGUCCCAAAAUCGAAUGGAAAAAGGAGGACCUGUGUGGAAUUCUCUAACCUCAAUAGGGCUUGUCCUAAGGAUAGCUUCCCGCUUCCAAGAAUAGAUCAAUUGGUGGAUGAGACAGCUGGACAUGAGUUACUAAGCUUUAUGGAUGUUUAUUAUAGAUAA